UGCAGUGAGUCCAAAGCGGGCCCAUCCAAGAUGACAGGAAUUACUCUGGUUCUUUUGUUUCUGGCGUUUCCUCUUUAUGACACAGAGGAGCAGGUUGUCAACGAGUUGUACACCCUUAUAGAGAAGGGUCCACAGGAUCCUGCACCAAGCAACCAAACCAGACUAGUGGUCAAAGAGCCCACUCUGCCCAUCAAUGAGCUCUUGGAGAAAAGCAGCAAGUCUAGUGAGUCUAAGCUAAACUUCCACCCGAUGCCAUCCGCUGUGUGGCCAAAGCACAGCAACCUGGCCCCGGUCCUCCGUCACCACGGCCCCAACAAUAAGAGCAAAAAGGGGCACAAGAGUGAUCGUUUAACAGAGCACAACAGUGAGAAAAACAGGGGGGACGUUGCUGGUUUGCUUCCCAAAACCCAGCUGACAGGAGCCACAAGUGCUGGCUCCAAUCGUACAACACAGAAAAUCAGUCAGGACACCCAGGCCCACAUCAGCCCUCCUCAGCAGAGUGAGCCGGAGGGACAGCCCAACUCCAAACCCAAGACCCCAGUGCAGACACAAACACCCAUCCAGCCGCAUCAAACAGCUUCUUCACCUCGCAGAGACUCCCCCAACCGACGCCAGGACCCAGAGGAGAACCGGCCUGGGAGGUCCGGCCUCUACCAGUCUGGAAUCAGCUCCGCGGCCUGGAACAACAGCCGCCCGCCGGCGUUUUUCACCCGGCGGUCCUCCAGCCUGCUCUACCAGUUUGAUGUCCUGAGGCGAGAGUCUGACUACACACACGAUGCCUUCUGCAUGAGCGAGUGCAGGAAGGAGAAGGAUGAGAGGGAAUAUUACUGCUACAGUGAGUUUGCUGUCAAUGGGAUUGUCCAUGACAUCGAUGUUUUGAGGAAAGGAGUCAGACUGAUCACGUUGAUGGUGAGCGCUGACGGCUUCUACAAGAUGAGUCGUCUCUACGUGACCCCGGACAGCUUCUUCUUCAAGGUUCGCCUCCUGGUCUUGGACACCUUCAAGUGCAGCAAGCCCUGUCCUGAUAUCAAGCUUGGGGCCAGAUACAUUGUAAUGGGUCAGAUCUACCACCGGAGGCGCCACCUUCCCAGUGACCUCCUGACCCUGCUGGCUGGCAAACUGAAGCCCGGGGAUGGCCUCCUGCGCAGCAGCAACUACGUCAAAAGGUUCAACAAACGGAGACACCAGAAAGCUCUGGAGGCCGUCCGCUCCAGGUGUAGGUGAACCACCGACGAGAACAUCGCCCCCUGCUGCGGGGGAAGAGACUUCGCAGCCGAUCUUACCCGACCCUAUGGCACUGUGCAAGAGGGGAGGAUGUCCAGAGGAAGUGGAUGUGCUCUCAUAUGGACCGCUACCAUGUAUCAUCAUAUCGGCUUUAUCUAUGAAGUUCCCAAAGAACUGAACUGAGCUGGGGCCUCUUUGAUGCAAGCGGGACGCAGCGAAGUACUUUCUGAGGUGUACGCAGACAUAUUAUAGGCACCCACUAGGGGGUUUUCAAUGCACAAACAGCUGUCAAAUACAGAAAAUACCGACUAGAAAUAAUUAUUCUGCCAUUGUUUUUGGCGCCCAAUCUAGCGCGGCGCCCCCUGGGCGUCGCAUUUUAGUGCACACCCACUUUUUGCGCCAAUGGAUACAAGCAACUUUGACUAACUGGACUCCUCCUCGUGCUGGCUUGGGACUCAAGUGCUCCUCUCUCACGCUAUCUCCUGAGCUCAACUCGAAUUAAACUCUUCACGCAUUCGUGGCUGGUACAUGAAGUACCAGAGCUGAAUUGGUAUCACUUUUCUGAAGAGACACGAAGCUGCUCCGAAGCGUGGGACAAAUGGCUUGUUUGUUGAAUCUGCUUCAAAAUUUGGCAUUGGGAAAAGAUUCCGUCUGUUUUCCACAAUAAUCAACACAGCAUGGGAUGUUGGGAUGGUUUACGGUUUAGUAAUGCUUCAAUUUCCUAGACAUUAAAUCCAGGCAGCGAGGUUUAAAAAUUGCUGCAAAUUUUUUGGAAUAUCCUAAUAUUUUCUGUCAUUACUCUUUUCAAACAUGAAACCCAUAACCCAUGACUUCAAAGAAAUGUACUGCGACUUAAAAAAAACCCGGGUCAAUAGAUUGUUGGAUGGGAGGAAGCUAAGGUCCAGACAAAUAAGAGGCAGCAAAUCAUAGCGGAGAGCGAAGAGGAGUAUUCAGAUGGCGAGAAAUGAGGAACUUCAGCUGGCUCUGAGAGAGGUUCUGCUUUCUUUAACUUUAAUUAUGUGUCCACGGUGAUAAAUAGGCCCAACAUCAAAAAGGUGGAGGCGGUGGGGGUCGUGGGUUUCGCUGGGACCGGGCCGUGAAUCAAAUCGCGGGAAUCUGAUCCUCCACACACCUGGGCGCUCAAAGAAGCACGUUCAUCGCGGCUUAUUUUCCGAGAUGCUGCGUCUGCUCAGGAGGCCAAUGCUCAGAGGGGGGAUAUUUGAGAAAUGUGGAGGGAGCAGCACAGUGAGAGCGGGUGGAUGAGCGACCUAAAAUAUAUUUAACCAAGAGAGCCCGAGCGGCGUCGGGAUUGUCGAAUUAGCUUGAGAAAAAAAUGUCACUUAAACUCUUGCUCUGUCUUUCUAAACUUAGCCUGAAUGAAAACCAUGUGCUUUCUAGGUGAGAAAUGCAUGUUAUUAAGCACGGGGACGGCGCCGGAGGAAAGCGCACGACUCACACAGAGGUCACGGGUUCGAGUCCCGGCCCACUCCCACAGCCCACUUUCCUGUUUGGCUGCUGUCAAAUAAAGGCAAUUAGAACCCUCCCCACCCCUUUAAAUAUAUAUAUAUUAUUUUUCGCAUGAUUACAUGCAACUUUGUUAUUCCCAGAAGUGCCGUCCCUCAAAACAGGGCGCAGAAAUUAAAGUUUAACAGCCAAAUUCUGCUGUGCUGAACCCCUCCUCCUCCUCCUCCUCCUCCUCUUCCUCCUCUUCCUCCUCCUUCUCCUCCUCCUACUCCUCCUCCUCGCGCCCCCCUCCACACUCCGCAUGUCCGUCAUCUCUGGUCAGUUCCCAGGCUCCACGCAGCCUCUAUCAGCGAUCAGUGCUGGAGGGAACAGGCGCAUGUGGCGGGCAGGAAACGGGAGCCUGAUAAAACACUGUGGCCACUAUCGCAGCGGGAGGACAUUCCUCAUCACAGAGCAUGUGAAGGAGGGGUGUGGGGCGGGUAGGUGGGAAUAUCUGGUAGAUGCUUCCUGUGUGAAGACUGCGCAAAAAAAACAAACAAAACAAAAAAACAAAAAAAAAACUGUGGGCUUGUGGUCAUCUGUGGCGCUCCCGGCGUCCAUGAGAGCCUCUGGAUCCAUUUAGUGGUUUGAGUGGAGGAGAUAAAGAGGUGGAGGUCAGGGAGAGGAGAGGGAGCUAUGGGAGUCGGUGAUGGCUGGAUGUGUCAUUCAGGAUAACUUGAUCACAGGAAUGGUUGUAAACAGGUCGUGACCUCAUCGUCCCCGGGGGCCCACUUCUCCGUUUGGCACCACGGAUGAGUUAAGAAGAGGCUGAGUCAGACAUACACACACACACACACACACACACACAGGCCUCGGACCUUCUGGUACAGCGGCCGACUAAAGUACUCACACCGCUUGAACCUUUUCUCCAUUUUGUCAUGUUACAACUUUAUAUGACUUUACUGAGCGUUUUGUUGUUGUUCAGGAUUUUAUGCAAUAUACUAGUAUAGAAUUGUGAAGUUGCGGGAAUAUAAUAACAUGGUUUUUGCAAACCUUUUACAAAUAAAAGUCUGAAAAGAUCUUUCAUUUAACGUGUCUUACUAUGAAACUCCUAACUUCCUCUACCAGAUUAGUAAAUUAUUGUAGUCUUAUGGGGAAACUAGCAGCUCACAAAUCCUUGAAAACACCCU